AAAUCUGAAAAAUGUCCGUAGAGAAAGUUUCUGUGUUUAUUUCUCUUUCAUCGGAACCCAUUCGAAAGGAAACAACAGUAGUAAGACAAAAAAGCCACCAAAAUGAGGCCGACACCUUAGUGGAAAAAUACCACCAACUUUCCUUUCAUUAUUUCAUUCCCAAACAAAGAAGACCCAGCCCCAGAAAAAAGGCGAAAGCUCCCUCCUUUCUGAUACCUUUCUCCUUCCUCCAAUAAAAUCCGAAGACCCUUUUUUCUCGUCUUUCAUUAACACGUCUUCUGAUUGUAAACAGACAACACUAGUUCAUAAAUUUUCAACUCUUUUUCACUUCAAUCGAAAUGGGCUUUUAAUCUUUAGAAAUUUGUCAUAAUUUUUUUUCGGGCUUCUAUCUUUUGGGGAAAAUGCAAUCAGAGAGUUCGGAGGAGGUACGAUCGGUAGCUGGAGCUACAGAUAUGAGAGGGAAACAUAGGAUUUCUGCUGAAUUGAAGAGACUUGAGCAAGAAACUCGAUUCUUGGAGGAAGAGCUGGAACAGCUUGAUAAAAUGGAGAAAGCCUCAGCUGCUUGUAAGGAAAUGCUGAUGAACGUUGAAGCCAAGCCAGAUCCACUACUCCCACUAACGAACGGCCCUACAAAUCCCACCUGGGAUAGAUGGUUUGAAGGACCACAAGAUUCAUCCGGUUGCAGGUGCUGGAUAUUGUGAUGGUUAGGGGCCUAAUUUUAAUAUUUCCAGGUUUUAACUUUGAAGAAACUUGGUCCUUUGCAACUUGCAACAAUUAUAGACAGAAUGAACUUCAAGGAAAAUGAAGUGCUCCAUUGUGCAGGAAAUGAUAAUUUUCCUUGUUUUUACUAAAUCAAUAUCCAGUAAGCUCAGAUUUUGGUGGUGAUGUAUUGUUAACUGAUGUUCAAUCACGUGUGGCGUUGUGCAGACAACAAUAACCUUUUUUUUUUUUU